CAAAUCGCGUCAAUGCUAGAGAGGCAAUGUCUCGUAUCAUCUGUCAAAGUCGGUGUAUUCAAAUGUAAUCGUUGCACUGACAGCCAAUCGGCUAUCAAUGUGAACAUAACCUUACAAUUUGACCGCAUGAAUUGAAACUCGUUCUUAUUGUACUAUCUGAAAUAAACAAUAUCAACUUGACUUUUUUUCCACGCUUUUCUUUGUGUUUUAAGAAAGAGCUGCGGCUAAUAAUGGCGGCUUUGGCGACAAAAUAUUUACGACCCGUGCAUUUUGUACGAAAUGUGCUUCAAAGCCAGAGGAGAUACUUGAACUUGCUGGAGUAUCAAAGUAAAGGUCUGCUCCAGGAGAGUGGCGUUGCCAUCCAGGAAUUCUGCGUUCUCGAUGGAACACAAGGACCUAAUACCAAAAACCUGGACAAUUUCAAGGUUCCAGAAUAUGUGGUGAAAGCCCAAAUUUUGGCUGGUGGACGCGGUAAAGGACACUUUGACACCGGAUUCAAGGGAGGCGUUCAUAUUACCACAAAAUCCGAUGAAGUUAUGCAAUUGGUCGAAAAAAUGGUUGGCAACAAACUCAUCACGAAACAGACACCGCCCGAAGGGAUUGAGGUGAAAAAAGUAAUGGUCGCAAAAAGUAUCAAUAUAACCCGCGAAACAUACUUGUGCAUAGUGAUGGAUCGUGAUAACAGUGGUCCGGUGUUGAUCGCAUCGCCAGCCGGUGGAAUGGAUAUCGAAACGGUGGCCGAAGAAACGCCUGAAAAACUGCUCAAGGUUCCCAUUGAUAUAACGGUCGGUUUGACGAAGGAAAAGAGUCAGGAAAUAGCACGUUUUCUAGAAUUUAACGGUGACCUCAUCGAUAAGGCAUCCGAAGAGAUUCUGAAAUUGUGGAAAUUAUUCUUAAAAUUAGAUGCGGUACAAAUUGAAAUAAAUCCAUUAGCCGAAACAGACAAUGGUCAGGUGAUAUCGGUGGAUGCAAAGCUAGAUUUUGAUGAUAAUGCACGAUUCCGACACCAGGACAUUUUUGAUAUGGAAGAUUUGAGCGAAAGUGAUCCGAAAGAGGUGGAAGCAUCGAAAUAUAAUUUAAAUUAUGUUGCGAUGAACGGUAACAUUGGAUGUUUGGUGAAUGGUGCUGGUUUGGCAAUGGCUACAAUGGACAUUAUCAAAUUGAAUGGCAGUGAACCGGCGAAUUUCUUAGACGUUGGCGGCAAUGUAAAUGAAGAUCAAGUGCUGAAAGCAUUCGAAAUCCUAUUGGAGGACAAAAAUGUCAAAGCCAUUUUGGUCAAUGUCUUUGGUGGAAUUGUGAAUUGUGCCACCAUUGCCAACGGGAUUGUGAAUGCAUUUAAAAAGAUAAAUCCAAAUGUACCAAUGAUUGUACGAUUGGCUGGAACGAAUGCCGAACAAGCAAAGGAAAUUUUACUAAACUCCGGCCUCCCCAUUCAAUCGGCCACAAACUUAGACGAUGCUGCAUCACUGGCCGUUAAAUCAAUCAAAUAAACUUAGCUUUGUAUUUAUUUUUAGAAUUAAAAAAAAAAAACAUUUCAUUUUCUAAACGUUGAGAUAUUGUAACGAAGACAAAUAAAACGGAAACAAGACAAAAAAAUUAUAUGGGAAAAAAAAAUCGAAA